GGCAGUCGUAGUGCGGCACUCCAGGUGAAAGGAUACCCAGCUCUGAGGACGAAGCCUCUCCCGAUUGUCAGAGCCACCCAGACCCAGCCACCCUCAUGGAUCUGCUGACGGACAACCUGCUGGCCAUGGCCAUGUCCUACCUGGAGGUGGAGGACCUCUUGGCGUGCCGCCUUGUGUGCAAGCGGCUGGCGCGCCUGGCCCAGCACCCCGACGUGUGGCAGGACCGAUCCAUUGAAGUCCACGGCGGCCGCGAGAUGUGCCCGGUGCUGCGCCUGGCGCCGUGCGCGCUCGAGAUCUCGACCUAUGUCUCUUCUCUCAGGUCGGGGCCGGCGUGUCGCCACGCCGACCUGCGGACGACGUCUUGCGCCGCCAAAGGGUUGACGAUCAACGUGGAGAAUUGUGUACCCGAGCACGCUGCGAAAGCCGUCCAGAUCAUCAACCGGCAGGCGGCGCUCGGGCGGCUGCGGGGCGUGAGUCUAUGGCUGGCGGACGUUAGCGCGAUUCUAGAUCCCUUGGUUCUGCCUGAAGAAGGCGUGGACCAGAUUUUUGGGACGCUGGCCACAACCCCUGGCCUGGGGAUGAUCAUCCUCCGCGGGAACCUGGGCCAAGGGAAACGGUUCCCGCCCGGGAUCGGUCAGCGCGGCACCAUCACGCCGUCCUUGGAGAUUUUCCACUGCGACAUGGUUCCCUGGCCAGACUCCUUCUGCGACUACCUGCUGGCCGGGCACGCCGCAACCUUGGUGGGGGUCCACCUCGGCUACAUACCCGCGAGGACCUCCGCGCCCCUCGCCUCCACCUCCACGGCGCGCCUGCUCGCCGGCAUGCCCAACCUCCACAAGCUGUGCUGCCCCCUGAUCCCGGGGCUGGGGGAGGUGGCGGCGUGCGAGUCGCUCAGGGAGCUGGAGCUCGCCGUUCCGACCGAGUCCAACAGCCACGGCGCCUUGGAGCUCCUCCGCCGCGCGCUCCAGAUCCGCCGCCUCCACCUCUACUUCCCUCGCCGACCUGACGGUGAAGUUGACGACCAUGAAUUGGGCGCAGAGCUGAUUGGUGAGCUGGCGUCGUCCGGGCGCUCCCAAGUGCAGACGCUGUCCAUCGAUGUCGAGGACUCGUACUCUCAGUCCCUGCUUGUGCCUCACCUGGCGGCCCGGCUAUCCUCGCUGCCCGCCCUGCGACGCCUCGAGCUCAGGUUGUUGGACCCAGCCCCGCUGGUGGAUGCCAUCAGCCCCCAGACCGCCCCGUACCUGCGGAGCCUCCACCUACUCGACAAUGAAUGCCCGCGUCGCAUGUGCUCUCACAAGUUUCUACACAGUAGGAGACUCGGUGCGCUUCUGUCGAGGAACCCCUUGCUUCACGUUGAGGUGCAGUACGCCACCACGGACUGCCUCGAAGGCGAUGAGGAGGACCUGUACGACGAGGAGGACCUGUACGAGAAGUGCAACGCGUGUCAACUGGACUGCCACAAAGAACUCGAGGGACCUGCAGAGGGUGAGGAUGGCGAAAUCGUUGGCGUUUUCGCGCACCCUGGAGGCGAGUGUCCCUCCCCAGAGGAUCACGAUGCUUGUGGGAUUUGGAUUCACAUCAACGAUGUUCAACCUGUGUUUUGA